GAUUAGAAGAUGAUACAAAUCUGGAUUCGUCUGAAUUUAAUCUAUUUUAUUCAACCUUCGCCCAGUGCUCUUUCGAGUCUUUUGAUUUAUCAAGUUGGGGUGGUGUCGUCUUCCGAGCCGAGCUUAAUCUGGGUCCGCUCAGCCUAGAUAUUAGCGCUCAGGCGCUGUAAGAACCUUGGACUUAAACCCCAUUGAAGCACUAAUAAACUGGUCGGUCUACUUGCAACUUAUUAUAACCUCCUCAGCCUUGUCCUGUUUCAUCAGACAAGAACCAACAAACCCAAAAACAUCAAAAGCUCCUCCAUAUCUCGCUCUCCUUGUAUUCAAUCACAAGAGCCCCUUUUCUUCUACCUUUAUUCAAAGUUAUUAUAUCUUCUGCAUUAUGCCUGCACCACCUAAACAACGCAAGAUUGCUAUUGUAGGCAGUCGAUCUGUCGGCAAAUCUUCACUCACUGUACAAUUUGUCGAUGGCCACUUUGUAGAAAGUUACUAUCCGACCAUCGAAAAUACUUUCAGCAAGGUCAUCAAGUACAAAGGGCAAGAGUUCGCCACUGAGAUCGUUGACACAGCUGGUCAGGAUGAAUACAGUAUCUUAAAUUCGAAGCAUUUCAUUGGCAUUCAUGGCUAUGUGCUUGUCUAUUCCGUUGCUUCCAUGCAAUCCUUUGAGAUGGUAGAAGUCAUUAAGGAUAAGAUCUUGAAUCACUUGGGUACUGAAUGGGUUCCAAUCACAAUUGUUGGUAACAAGAGUGAUCUUCGGCCAGAGCAGCGUCAGGUCACUGCUGAGCAAGGCAAGGCAUUGGCUGAGAAAAUCAAGUGUGCUUUUACUGAAGCAAGUGCACGUUAUAACGAGAAUGUCACUAAGGGAUUCGAACUCAUGAUUGAGCAAAUUGAGAAAGGUGAAAACCCUAAUGAGCCUUCAGGAGAUUCCAAAUGUAUUCUCAUGUGAGGGACAAAGAGAUUGGAGUGUACGUUGGAAUAUGAUAUCUCAUGUCUGAAUGUGGUUAACUUAGUAUGGGAGUUUGGAGUUGGGAGAGGCAUCUUUCUAGAUAUUUAGUCACAGAGGCAUAUGUCUUGCUGUGUCUUUAGUUAACGUUGAUAUUACAAGGAGGCAGUUUACGAACGGUUCAAUGGCAUACGUUAAACGGUAUUCACUGUCUGCUCCAACACGUUGGUCUUGUAUAGAUUGCAUUGAAGAGAUCUGUACAACGCCUUGAUUAGCCGAUACUAAACACAGAUUCAGCAUGCAAGAAAAGUAUCAGGCGACGAGGUCCACCGAAGGUGGUAGUGCGAAAAGGGGCAGUGAAUAACAAAAAUUACAUAUCACGUGUUGGGCCCAAUCAGCCAGAAUGUUAUCUUAGCGGAGCCUUGCAAUCGCGACCCCACCA